AUGGCUUCAGAUGCCAAUGGCACUGUAACUUUCACUGAAGUGGACGAGGUCAAUAACCCUACUGCUACCUACAUCUACUCUGGAGCUGGGGAUCAGUCGACGCAUCUUCCUCAUCGCGAUAAGAACAAUAGCAAGAUUACAGGGCGAUUGGAUGUGAUACACCCCUCCUCCAAGCCUCGGUCAUGGUCUCUGCCGUCUCUCACAAGCCUCCUAGUCGACGUGUUUCUCCCUGCUGGAUAUCCCCACAGUGUCAGUGAUGAUUAUGUCCCGUAUCAAAUCUUUGACUCGCUUCAAGCGUUCAGUAGUUCGAUUGCAGGCCUCCUAUCUUCGAGAGCAGUACUACAAGGUGUUGGAGUGGGCAAUGCGGAUGCUUCCCCGACAGCUGCCCUUCUACUUCACAUCCUUCAAGACACAUCUGGCCGAAUUGCAACUAUUCUGUUUGCGCAUAGGGUUGGCACUGCCCUGGAGCCGGAAUGUAAAAUGUACCGCCUUGCAGCCGAUGUAUUCAACGAUGCUGCAAUGAUUCUGGACUGUCUUUCCCCGAUGAUCCCAGCAGGAUUUGGUCGGGUGACUGUUCUCAGCACAGCAGGCGUGUUACGAGCCUGUGUGGCGUCGCAGGAGGCAGCUCCAAGGCAAAAAGACUCCUCGCAAGAAACUAUCAUCUCCCUUAUUGGGAUGCUAGUUGGGUCCUUUGUCGUGUCUCGCGUUACGAGCUACAGCGCAACCUGGAUCUCUCUAGUGAUGCUUCUUACCAUGCAUCUGAGUCUCAACUACGCUGCUGUCCGCUCCGUGCAAAUGACCAGUCUGAACAGACAACGAGCAAAUAUCGUCUUCUCAACGCUACUCGAGUCCGACACGGACCUCGAUAUUGCGAACUUCAAUCCUACCGAUCGGGCUGGCCCAGACCUCAAGCAUAAUAGAGCAACACAAUGGCGGAUACCAACCCCAGCCCAAGUCUCCAAGCAAGAGAAGAUCUUCGAGACGGACGGUAUCCUAAAAUGGUGCUCGGCCCCAUCGACACAAUACAAAUUAGGCUCCUGCCGUAUCGGAGUCUCACUGGAACAAUUCCUUGCGCCGUCCGCGACCCGCACGGGACCCGGUUCCCUCAAAACAUCAACACCCAUGUCCCACCUUUCCUCUCUCUUCAGAUCAGAAGACUACCUGUUAUUCCUGCACCGUAACCGCCAAGCCUGGGACGCAAGAAUCCUCCUGAAAACAAGUAGCACAACCCAAUCGCAGCUCAAAGCCUGGGUGCACGCGUUACUGGCUGCACGAGUGUUAUGCUCAUCCACAGAGGAGAAGCGGACGCAAGACAGCACGGAGAUCGAGUAUAUCUCACACACGAUCUCCAAGACAUUGACUUUCCUAAACGAGAAGUCUCGUGUGGCUCAGUAUAUGUCAGCUCUAACGCAAGCAGGAUGGGAUCUGAACGUUGCUGCAUUGGAAACAAGGUCCGGACGGCGAGUUGCUUGUGAGACCCAACCAUGA